UUGAAUUUAUAUAGUCAGUGUUCCAAAAUCAAGCGUGGAUGCUGCGCGCGCCGCUCGCUUGAACGCGCCAAUAGGAGAUCGUUACAUAAUUUUAAAAAUCGAACACUUAUGCUCGAUUAUUUUUGCUAGUUCCGUUCUGUGAUCAGUGUAGUGUCAAUUUUUAUUUUACUUUUUAUUUUUGAAUGCCGUGACUGAGCCAUGGACAAGCCAACGCUGCACAUGUUAUCUGUCCAGGAGAAGGGCGGACAGACGAACAAAGGGCCGCAGUACAUUGCUGCUGUGGCAGCGGCCAUAGGAGCUGUUAUCGCCGGCACCAUCCUCGCCUGGACCUCUCCCGCCCUUCCCCAGCUCCAACCCCCCAACCCCAAUAGCACCAAACUGCCGAGCAACGUCACCAUCAAUGGCAUCGUCUACCCUGUGGUCCCAUCAGAGUUGCCGCUGAUCUUCAUUAACAGGACGGCUAAUAUCACUGUUAUGGUGAACUCUUUGUUCCAACCAGCCGAUCUGCUGCUGGAGACUGCUCAGAGUUCUCUAGUAUCUUCAAUCUUGGCCAUUGGUGCAGCCGUCGCUGCCUUACCAGUCGGAGUCCUAGCUGAGAAAGUCGGACGUCGUCCCACAAUUCUCAUACUAUCUGUGCCGUUUCUGCUCAACUGGUUACUAACUAUCUUCGCCAAUGGUGCUGGCAUGCUGAUUGCUGCUAGAUUCUUCGCUGGAUUGGCCACUGGUGGCAUUUGCGUGGCUGCUCCCAUGUACAUCGGUGAAAUCGCUGAGACCUCCAUUCGUGGCGCUCUUGGCGCCUUCUUCCAGCUGUUCCUGACUGUUGGAAUCCUGUUCACCUUCAUCGUUGGUGGCUGGACACACUGGAGGACUCUGUCUAUCAUCUCUGCUGUCUUGCCUCCUCUACUAGUGGCUGUGUUUUGGUGGAUGCCAGAAACUCCCCAAUACCUGCUAAAGAGGAACAGGCGACGCGAUGCGGAGCGAGCCCUCCAGUGGCUCCGAGGACCCAAUGCUGAUCUUACUGCUGAGCUUGAGGAUAUGCAGAAGGACGUGGACCAAGCUUCCCGGCAGCGUGCCGGCAUGCUGACCAUGGUGACCAACCGCACCUCCCGCAUGGCACUCAUCUGCUCCCUAGGGCUCAUGUUCUUCCAGCAGUUCAGCGGCAUCAACGCCGUCAUCUUCUACACCAACCAGAUCUUCACCGCCGCCGGCUCCAACAUCGACCCUGUCAUUGCCACCAUCAUUGUCGGCGUCGUCCAGACCUUAGCCACUUACGUCAGCUCUUUACUCAUCGAAAAGGCUGGUAGACGGAUUCUGUUACUCCAAAGCUGUGUCAUCAUGGGUCUCUGUUUGAUUAUCUUAGGUAUCUUCUUCAAGCUACAGCAAGAUAAAUACGAUGUUACCGCUUUUGGAUGGAUCCCGCUUCUUUGCCUUGUUUUAUUCAUUGUUUCUUUCUCGUUAGGCUUCGGUCCUAUUCCUUGGAUGAUGAUGGCUGAACUCUUCGCUGUUGAGUUCAGAGGAACUGCUUCAGGUAUUGCAGUUAUCUUCAACUGGUGUUUAGUGUUUAUCGUCACUCUUUGCUUCCCGAUUAUGAUGGAGAUUAUUGGAAUCUACAGUUGCUUCUGGUUCUUUGCAGCUUUCAUGGUCAUUUGUGUGUUCUUUGUGUUCUUCUUAAUUCCGGAGACUAAAGGGAAGACUGUGUCGCAGAUUCAAGCCAUUUUAGGCGGUAGAAAAUAAUAUUGCUGGCAGUAUUAGUAGAAAUUUCGUGAUUUAAGAGUAAAAGCUUGCAAAUUUUAAUGACGAUUGUAGAGUAUUUUAUAAUUUUUACUCUUAAGUCACGGAGUUAAUAUUAUUUACAAAAUGUUUUGUGUAGUAAUGAAUGACAAUGAUGAGAAUUGCUGGAGUUAAUUUAUUGGAAUUAGUUUUUAAAAACUAGACUGUUU